AUGGAUGCCUUCGGUACCGCGCACCGCGCGCAGGCUUCCACCCACGGCGUGGGCAAGUUUGCGCCUGUCGCCUGUGCCGGCCCGCUGCUGUCCGCCGAGCUGGAAGCGCUGGGCAAGGCCCUGGGCAACCCUGCCCGUCCGAUGGUCGCCAUCGUGGGCGGUUCUAAAGUGUCCACCAAACUGACCGUGCUGGAUUCCCUGUCCAAAAUCGCCGAUCAGCUGAUCGUCGGCGGCGGCAUCGCCAACACCUUCGUGGCGGCGCAGGGCAACAACGUGGGCCAGUCCCUGUACGAACCUGAUCUGAUCCCGAACGCGCAGAAACUGCUGGAAACCUGCGACAUCCCGGUUCCGACCGACGUGCGCGUCGCGACCGAGUUCUCCGAAACUGCGACCGCGACCGUGAAGCAGGCCAACGAGAUCCAGGACAACGAGCAAAUUCUGGAUAUGGGCGACGUCUCUGCCGAGCGUCUGGCCGUUAUCCUGAAGAACGCCAAGACCAUUCUGUGGAAUGGCCCGGUUGGCGUAUUCGAGUUCCCUAACUUCCGUAAGGGCACCGAAAUUGUCGCCCGCGCGAUCGCCGAUAGCGACGCUUUCUCUAUCGCUGGCGGCGGCGACACUCUGGCAGCCAUCGAUCUGUUCGGUAUCGCUGACAAAUUUCCUACAUCUCCACCGGCGGUGGCGCAUUCCUGGAAUUCGUUGAAGGGAAACCGCUGCCUGCAGUCGUGA